AUGGAUAAUACCGCCAACAUUCUCAUUCUUGGUCAUUCAUUUGUGACGCGUUUACAGACAUUCCUCACCGAACAUCACGAUAGGCGUGCCGCUCUCAACAUGAACUUGCCUCACGAAAAUAUAUCUUUUCUAGGCAUUGGCGGUAGAACCGUCUCUAAAAUGCUGUCAUUUGAUUUGGAUAAAAUUAAGGCUUUUCAGCCAAAGGUUAUCAUUUUAGAACUGGGAACUAAUGAUUUGUGUGUAGUGGGGCAGCGCCCCGAAUCUGUUGGUUCAGAUAUUGAACAUUUAGUUCAAGUCCUCCAUGAUCACUGUGGAGCAGAGUUUAUAAUGGUAUGCCUAGUAGUUUACCGGUCUGCUAUUCCUCCACACGUUCCCGAUUUCAGCCACAAAGUAGACCUUCUCAAUAAAUAUCUCAAAGUGGUCCUCGAACCACUCCCUUAUGCUGAAGCGUGGAGCCAUAGAGGGCUUCAAAGUCCAUCUAUUGCCGUUUUAUGCCGAGACGGCGUUCAUUUGAACGCAGCGGGUAACUAUGCUCUUUAUCGUAGCUAUAGGGGAGCCAUACUAUUCGCCUUGAAGAAGUUAGCCACUUUUUCUGAGGCUCAGUGA